UUCCAGAACCUCUUUUUACUGCUGGAAUGCUGGGCUUCUAGCGAAUAGCCUUGCUAUAUAUACGACAGUUUUUCCGCAUUGAAUCUGUUUUUCUGCGGGUUGCAAGCACGGGGAUUGGCUAAAAGCAAUAAGUGCGCUGAUUACCGACUGGGUGGGGUGGGGAUGAAAAGAGAACCCAGUAAAAUGGCCGCCAUGUCUUAGGGCAGUGUAUUGUUCUUGUCAAAGUGAUAAAGUUUUGUGUAUUUCUGGGCGGAAAAAUGGAAGAAACUAAAGUAAUUUAUCAUAUCGACGAUGAAGAGACCCCCUACUUAGUGAAAAUCUCCAUUUCCCCGGACAAAGUGACUCUUGCGGACUUUAAAAAUGUCCUCAAUAGGCCUAACUACAAGUUUUUCUUCAAGUCAAUGGACGACGAUUUUGGGGUCGUCAAAGAGGAAAUUAUCGAAGAUUCAGCUCACCUGCCCUGCUUCAACGGAAGAGUAGUUAGUUGGUUGGUGUCAGCGGAUGGUUCCAAUCAGUCAGACGGCGGUUCCCAAUGUACAGACAGUGUGUCCCAUCAGGCGGAGCAACGGCUGCCGCCGCAGGCCCCAGAUUCUGUCUGCACCGACACCGAGUCCAUAAUCAGCUCAAGGCAGGGCCGGCGACACCACAAAUACUCGACCAGAGUUAAUGGACAUCUUCCAAGAGUAUAUGAGACUGCUUCUAUAGUAAGUUCGGACAUCGAAACCACCAGUUUCCAGUCUGAGACCACUGGAAGGCACACGGCGCUUUCCGAGUGCUCCAGCGUGAGCCGUUUGCAUGUGGCGGGCAGGAAGCGGCCCCAAAGGAGGCGAAAACCGCGCCAUCCGGCCAUGUCGCGCACUAGUUCGUAUUCCAGCAUAACGGAUUCCACCAUGUCUCUCAAUAUCAUCACAGUGACCCUCAAUAUGGACACUGUAAACUUUCUGGGCAUCUCCAUUGUGGGCCAAAGCAAUAAGGGCGGCGAUGGAGGCAUCUACGUCGGCUCCAUAAUGAAAGGGGGCGCUGUCGCCUUGGAUGGACGGAUAGAGCCGGGGGAUAUGAUUCUGCAAGUGAACGACGUCAAUUUUGAGAACAUGUCCAACGACGAAGCGGUUAAAGUUUUGCGCGAAGUGGUUCAGAAGCCGGGCCCCAUUAAGCUGGUGGUGGCCAAGUGCUGGGACCCCAACCCUAAGGGCUACUUCACCAUACCGCGGACGGAACCCGUUCGACCAAUCGAUCCAGGAGCGUGGGUGGCGCAUACAGCAGCGGUUCGGGGCGACCCAGUUGCUCGGCCGCCCAGCAGUUCGACGGUUUCAAGCACUUCAAUUGCAAGCACAAUCCCAGCCAAUGAACGUGAGUGUCUUCUAGGUUCGGAUCUAGUGGAGCCGCUGACGGUGAAUUCGCCAAUGUCCGAGAUUGUUCAGGCCAUGCAGCGUCCCGAUAGCGGAUUGGAGAUUCGCGACCGCAUGUGGCUGAAAAUCACCAUCCCGAACGCGUUCAUCGGCACUGACAUGAUCGAAUGGCUGUUGCUGCAUGUGGAAGGCUUCCAGGAGAGAAGAGACGCGCGAAAGUACGCCUCCAAUCUGUUGAAGGCCGGAUUCAUACGACACACUGUGAACAAGAUCACGUUUUCUGAGCAGUGUUAUUACAUAUUCGGCGAUUUGUGCUCGGCAAUGAGCAAUCUGAAGCUGCAAGGCGAUACGGACAGUGUGGGGCCUUUGCCGAACGUGCCCAACUAUAUGCCGUACAGUGGAACCUACAAUCCGCUCGAGUACAUGCCGAUGCCGUUCUACAGCGAAAACACCGUCUAUGGGUAUCAUAAGGAGGAGAGCGUCCUGAGCGGAAGCGGCGGUAGCUCGAACGGCUCCGAUCCGUUGAAAGAGAAUGCGGGCGGCCACAGCAGCGCCAGCGACUCGGACUUGACAUCGCUGGGGCCGAGAUCGGCGGCGGUGCAUGGGGGCGGCGCAAGCGGCAACGGAAACGGCAGCAGCAACGGCUCGGAGCGCAGCAGCGGCACCCAAGUGGCAGCGGGCGGCAAAGACAUAGCCGUUUUAAGUUACCUCUAAGCGCAAUUUAGGCCCUCACAGUGCAAAAUUUUACCUAAGUCUGCCAAGACCAGAUGGGACUCGUGAGCUACCAGUUUACUCAAACAUAAGAGCGAAGAACUGAAGACGAAAAACAAAUCAACUCUCAACAAGUAUACCAAAAAAAAAAAUUUAUGACAUAUUUUAUAAAUGCUUAAAUGUAUAUUUUAUCGUUAAAUGUACAGCAGGUAAAUCACAGUAGUUUAGAGUUAGGCGUACAUGGAGUAGUUCGUUUCUUUUGCCCUUAUACAGGGGGGCUUUGAUCGGUUGCCUGCUUCUAUGUAACAUAUCAAGCGGUUUUCAGUGGCAAUUUCAACCGCCCCCACUGUAUAUUGAAGUCUUCUGAUAGUUAACACUUUUUUAUACCACUGCCAACGUAUUUAGGUGCUUGUUUUUUAAGUUUGGAAUUGUCUGGAAGCUGAUUGGCUUUAUACUCGUCUCGUGCUAGUUAGUUUAACGGUUAUUUUGUGAUAUUCAAUUGCAAUUCUACAUGUAUGAUUAUUAUUGAACAUGUUUAUGUAUUUGUUGUGCGGGGGACGUUCGAAGGCGCCGCCCCCGUCGAUGUGUAUUAUUUAAUGCAUUUACUAGAGCUAGAGACCUACAUGUAACACGCUAAGAACAGGGUAUUUUUGAUUUUACAAGUUCGAAAAUCAAAUGCAAUGUGGGCGCAAAAUCCUGCAAUUUUCCACUCAGACUUUCGAUGGAUUGCAUCGUUUUCCGCUCACCCCGUGUUCGAUUGUUAACGGCAAUGCUACGUCGAACUGGUUGUUUUUUCGUCAUUCUUUUGUGGAAAAUACAGGGAUUCAUCAAUGUAAAUUAAUGGCCGACAAUGUUGUGUGACCGAAUAAGGAUGAUUUUAUGUUGAUACCGAUUAGAGGAAGUACUCGGAAUAAAAGUUUAAAUGUC